ACACAUCACGUCACCGGUACACCGUGGUGUGGAAAUGAAGCGCAGCCUCGAUAUGCAGUGACCUGGAUUAAAGAGAUCCGGACCCUGGUGUGAGGACUCUCCGCUGCAGUUCAGAUGGAGGCGGGUCCAGCAGACCGCUUGUCAUUGCUGACCCUGGAGCAAAAGAGACCUGGUGUGCUGGACCAGAACCUGAGAUGAGUAGCUGAGACCACAACCCAAAACCAGAAGCUGUGACCAGAACCAACAGAAGACCUCAACCUUCAUAACACUCUUCCUCCUCCCCCUAAUGGAGCUGCACGGUCCAGGUUAGAGACGCAGGAGUGUCCAGAUCAAGACCUGAAGAAAAACUGAACCAAGGCUCAUGGAUCUGAAGAGGGUCCUAUCCUUCCCACCAUACCCUGGGGACUACCUGCAUCCUGUGGUGUACGCCUGCACAGCCGUCAUGCUGCUCUGUCUGCUUGUCUCCAUCAUGACAUACUUCAUCCACCACAGUGUGAUUCGGAUCAGUAGGAAUGGCUGGCACACACUCCUCAACUUCCUGUUCCACACCGGGCUGACAUUUGGAGUUUUUGCUGGAGGCAUCAAUCAGAUCAACUUACCCUUCGCGUGUCAGAUUGUUGGGAUUGUUCUGCACUAUGCAUCUCUGUCCACUAUGCUGUGGCUGACCUUCACUGCCAGAAACAUCUGUAAAGACGUGUCCAAAGACCCCCUGCAGACCCCAGACAGGAAUGGAUCGGCCCAGACCCACUCCAAACCCACUGUCCUCAGGUUUUACCUGGUCAGCGAUGGAGUCCCUCUCAUCAUUGUUGGAGUCACAGCAGCGUUUGGUUUGGAUAACUAUGGCAGCAGGGAUGAUGCGCUAUACUGCUGGAUGGCAUGGGAACCCAGUCUAGGAGGUUUCUAUGCCCCUGUGGGUCUCCUGGUCCUUGUCAUGUCUGUGUACUUCCUUUGUACCUUCAUCCAGCUCAAACGACACCCAGAGAGGAAGUACGAGCUUCGAGUUCUGAGCGAGGAGCAGCAACAGCUUUCAUCCAGCGAGUCUAACCAUCACUGCCAUACCGACCCAGGAGCAGCCUUAGGGCCUGCUGGGGACUGUCCAGCAUUUGCAACCGGUGUGUCAGUUCUUGCCAAUGAGCACUCGUUUAAGUCUCAGCUGCGGGCCACAGCCUUCACCCUGUUCUUGUUCAUGUCCACCUGGGCUCUGGGAGCUCUGGCAGUCUCUCUGGGACACUUUUUGGACAUGAUAUUCAGCUGCCUGUAUGGAGCUUUCUGUGUGACUCUGGGACUUUUUCUUCUUAUCCAGCACUGUGCCAAACGGGACGAUGUGUGGCAUCGAUGGUGGGCAUGUUGCCCAUCCAAGUCCAAGACUGAGGAUGUGAACGGGGAUGGACAGAACCACCUGCAGGAGCUCCACCAGCCUCACUGCCACCUGAGCUCCCCCAGCUCUGGAAAGCAGCUGCUGCUGUCCCCUCACCACAGGCAGAGUUCUUUCAAACUGUCACCCCCCCCUCAGAGCCCCACGACCAACCAGACGGGUCCCUGUUGUGUGGCUGUGGUGGGUGCCGUUAGUCCAACCCCCAUGUCCCCCCUUGCUGAGCCUGUGUCUUUACCUCGACCACAGUCUCUUUCUGAUGAGCUCCCUCGUCCCGUGCUGCCUCUCCAGAGCUGCCUUAGCAACAGAUCAAAAUCCCGCUCCUUCAAUCGGCCACGCCCCUGCCUGCAGGACUACCGAUCACACAUGACAUCCACCAGUAUGGAUGGGAGUGUGCACAGUUCUCACCUGGAUAGCCCUCAUUCUGCACCUCACCUGGAGGGCUCAUCUUUGGUUCCCAGCAGCCCACAUCCAGAACUGCAGCUGCCCUGCCCAAGUCCACACCUGGACAAGCAGCUGGAUUCCUGCCACACCCUGCAACGCCAGACCUCCUGCCACAGUGUGCAAGACUCACUGGCUUCCUGCCAUAGCCACUACCACAAUAUGCAUGACAGCAUCACUUCCUGUCACAGCCUCCUCCUGCCUUCUCACGGGGUCCACACCUGCCAGUGGCACCUGUACGGCUCAGCUGAUCACUCCUCUACCGCAAGCUGCUGUGAGAAACCCGAAGCCUUCCCCUUUGAGUACCAGCAGGACUCCAGCAUGUAUCCAUUAAAGACAGCAGAACAUGAAAAGGACAGUCUGUGCGUAGAGCCAGAACAGAAAAGUUUCCCACGAAACACUCUGCCCCGGCAGCAUGCUGCUGUCAGCCGGCGAGGAACAAUUGGACGAAAUCGCAGCCUCCAGGAAGACGGCCUGUUUGGUUCGGACGUUACAGGAAAUAUACGGACUGGACCUUGGAAGAAUGAAACCACUGUAUAGUAUUCUCACCUGCCACACCUUCAGCUGCCCAAUAAUCCAGUUUCUCUGUGAGUGUUUGGGUCUCAAUGCCUUCAGCUCUGCCCUUAAACCACAAGUAGACUUCUUAGUGAGGCCAAGGUCAACAGUCAGGUCAACAGUCAGGUCAACAGUCAGGUCAACAGUCAGGUUAAUAGUCAGGUCAAUAGUCAGGUCAACAGUCAGGUCAACAGCCAGGUCAACAGUCAGGUUAAUAGUCAGGUCAAUAGUCAGGUCAACAGUCAGGUCAACAGUCAGGUUAACAGUCAGGUUUAAGAAGACGUAACCAAACCCAUUUAAAAAAAAUUAUUCUAACACAAAAAAGACCUGAUCAAUUCAGAGACUGAAACAACAGCAUGUAGGAUAAAUCAUAAUCCAAAGGCUAACUGGGCUAAAAUGUUCUUUUCCCUUAUCAGUCAGAUAAUAUACCUUGAUAAGAUACAUAUUAAUAAAUCAUUCAUUUCUAUACACAUAUCACUUCCUUUAAGCUUCAUGUUUUCUGGGUUAUGGACCAAAGGUUUUCAUUGGUUUGAAACACAUUAUAAAAGGGACGAUCCUGAGACAAUGUGACCUAUCAUGAAUAGUCUCACUCCAGUUACUGCCUUCACCAUGAGAUGUGGUUUUGGGCUAAUUAUAUUAAUUUGAUUUGACUUUCAGGCUGAAUGGUCAGGUUAAACUUCAUCAGGAUGAGUUAUUCUGGCUCUAUUGAUCUGGUCCUAUUGAUCUGGUUCUGUUGAUCUGGCUCUAUGUAUCUGGUUCUGUUGAUCUGUCUCUGUUGAUCUGGCUCUGUUGAUCUGGUUCUGUUGAUCUGGUUCUGUUGAUCUGGUUCUGUUGCUCCAGAUGUGUUUAUAUGGAUGCAUUCACUUUUGAAUUUAUAUAAAUUUUACUGGAAAAUCUUUGAACUUUGACCCUGGACUUCAUGGACUUCACUGAACAGCUCCAUCACUGAGCUGCAGAUUAAAUCUUCAUCCGAAGAACGAUGUAGUCUGCAGCUGUGCUGUAAAAUCAGAUGUAUCAACAUUUCUGUCACCUUCUAAUGAGCUGAAACGUCUCUUUAGAUGGAACAUACUUAGGGCCCGAUCUACUAAAGGUUUGCGUGUAUAAAAACAUGUGCAAACUUGAUAGUGCGCGCAAAGCAGAUGUACUAACCGGGUGCACCGAGGAUUGCGUCUGACAAAUUAGCAAAAUAGCACUCGCUAUCCAUUUAGUGUGUUUGCCUUCAUGGAUAUGCAGAUUACAUGCAGAUUAUCAGAACACGCAAAAUACUGAUUGACCAAUUGAGUAGCUAGAGCAAGAGUGGCAGACUUAGUCUCAUCAAAUCGCUCUCUAAACUCCAUCAAACCACUGAUUGCCUUUUGGAGUAGAGUAGAUGCGUUUAUUUCAUCGGCAGAUCUGUUUUUUCUCACAGCAUUCACCUUUUCACAGAUGGCCUCCCAAAUCGCGUUUCUUCAGCAACGCUGAGAUGUCUCUGCUGGAGUUCACCGAUGUGUUUAUUUCCCUCCUCCACAAAGAUCUCCAACUCCAUGGCUUCAAACUUCAUUUAUCGCUUAAGGCCACUCUGUUCUCUCAAACUCUCCAUGGUGACAGCCGAUAGCACACGCAAAAUCCUCGUACAAUAGGGCAGUCCGCACCACUUUUGCACCUGUCAUCAUUUGCGCACGCAGUCUUAGUAGAUCACCCGCAACACGACCAGAAAUAACACGUGCAAAAUUAUUAUUUGCAUAUGCAAAUUAGCGCUCGUUAUUUGGGAUCUUAGUAGAUCAGGCCCUUAGUGUUGUCAGACCAUAUGAAACCUAAACAUGAAGCAGGGUCUCUCUCUAAACAGCUGUUAGUUAACCUGAUACCUCUCAGCAGAUUUUGAUGAGGAAUACGGGCAUUAAUCAUCAACAUGAUGAUUUACAGUUUUAUGCAAAUAGUUAGUUAGGGAUCAUUGAUUGCACCUUUAGAUAUUUGAAUUGGUGAAUUUAAAACAAUCUAUAUUUGUUAAUGUUGUUAUCCUACAGAUUAUUUUUGAUUGAUUUUUGAGUGGUUACACAUGGAAACACUUUUUAUCAGUUUGAGCAUGUGUGUGUUUCUUAUGUGUGCAUCAAUGCAUGAGUAGGUUCCUUCAGACGUGGUGUGUUUGUGUUAAAUGUAUUCAUUCUGAUAGAUCCACCCUUUUAUGAGUAUAGAGAAAAUUAAGAUUUUAUAUAGAGAUAAUUACUGUUUGUUGCCAAAAAAGACUCCUGUUGACAAAUGUUGCACUAACAUAAACUUAAGUUACCCUCACCUGCUGAGGUUGUUUUUAAAAGACUGCAUAGUGCUUCAAAGAACAAACUUUGUAUUGUGCCAAAAUGAUGUGCCAACUUUCACUGUGACAGAUAACACACAACACUAACUACACACAGUUUGUAGCAUCACACAAACUGGAACUCAGGUUAAAGCAAAUCAUCAUCAACAUUUAAAGUCAUUCCACAAUCUUCCAUAUUUAUAUCCAGGGAGUAGUUAACACAAAAUAACGGAUUAAACCAGGUCUACUUCUGUAAAACUGGACUAACCAUGAUUUGGACCUGACUUGCUAUGAUUUUAACCAAACUUACUAUGGUUUAAACCGGACUAACUAUGGUGUUAAUCAAACUUACUGUGGAUUAAACAAGUCGAACUAUGGUUUUAACCAAAUGAACUAAUGGUUUAAACCACACUAACUGUUUUUUUAACCCGAUUAAUUAUAAUUUAAACCACACUAGCUGUUCAUUUUAACCAGAUUAACUAUGGUUUUAACCAAACUGACUAUGGUUGCAAUCAGAUUGUGCUUGAAACCAGAUGAACUAAGUACUGUUUACUAACUGUUGUUUGAGUUAUAAUGUCACAGCAACACAACCCUGGCAUGAGCUCGGUCUAGGGCCUCCAAGCGUUGGCUGCCCAUGCCAUAACAAAGGAAGGAAUCAGGUGGCUGUCGAGCAAAAGGAAAAGGGAAAAGGCAGACCUUACCUGAAGCGACUUCUUUAGCGACACCAUGCACGGCUCCAGGACCAGCUCACGCUGCUUCCUUCUUGUUACUCAUCAGGGUUUCAGAUGACAGUUCAUUUUUAAGGUGACAUAUAUAACACACGGCAAACCUAAACGGGAAAAAAGGGAGAACUUCUCAAUAAUGUCUUUUACGGCUUCCUGCUACGGCGUCUCUUUUCUUCUCGCCUCCUCAGCAGGUGUCUGCCUGAGCUAAUCAAGACCACAGCGUUACCGUCUCAUUGGUCAAUUGGUCACGUGACCAGGAAGGUCCGCCCACCUGUAGCUCGACAGCCGUAACCCCCAUGCUCUGGACGGUGUUGCCGUAACAAUAAUAACUAUGGUUUUAACCAGACUGACUAUUUUUUAAACUAAAAUAACCAAGGUUUUAACCAAAGUAUCUAUGGUUUUAACCAAAAAUAGUUUAAACCACACUAACUGUUUUUGAACCAGAUUAACUAUGGUUUUAAUCAAAGUGACUACAGUUUAAAUCAGGAUAACUAUGGUUUUAACCAGACUAUGGUUUAAACCAGAUGAAAUAAAAAACUAACUAUAGUUUAAACAAGGCUAACUGUUGUAUAAACUAGAAUAACUAUGGUUUCAACAGAACUGACUAUGCUUUAAAUUAGACUACCUAUUGUUUUAACCAGACUGAUUAUUAUUUUAAAAAGUCUUACUAUGGUUUUACCCAAACUAACUAUGUUUUAAACCAGAAGAACAAUAGUUUUAACCAAACUACCUUUGGAAGAAACUAGACUAACUCUGUGGUUUUAACCUAAUUAAGUAUGGAUUCAACCAGACUUACUCGGGUUUAGUACUACUUGGGGUUUAAACCUGCAUAGCUAUAGUUUUAACCUAACCAACUACAAUUUUAACCAUACUGGCCAUUGUUUAAACCAGACUUAUUACUAUAUUUACCAAACUGAAACUCAAAUCAGACUAAGUAUGGUUUUAAACAAACUUACUAUGGUUUUAACCAAACGUAGUAUGGUAUAUACCAGACUUACUGUGGUUUGUAACCCAAUAAAGUAACCAGUCUUACCAACUAUGGCUUUAUGGUUAAAGCCACUAUAUGGUGUUAGAGUGACUGGGAGUUAAACCAAAAUAAAUAUAGAUUUAACCAAACCAAAACCAGACUAACUAUGGUUUAUAUUAAACCAGACUUGCUAUAGUUGUAACCAAAUAACUGUAGUUUAAACCAGACUUACUAUGGUUAAGAUUAACUGGGUUUAAUCUAAAAGAACAAUGUUUUUAAUCAAACUAUGGUUUAGACUGGACUAACUGUGGUUUCAACCAAACUAACUGUGGUUUAAAUCAAACUAACUAUGGUUAAGAAUGACUGUGGAUUAAACCAAACUAACUAUGGUUUCAACCAGCAUAACUCUUCUUUUAACCAAACUAACUAUUGAUUGAACUAAACUGACUAUGGUUAGGAAUCGACCCGCCAACCUUCCUGUGGUCAGAGUAGUGUACAUGGAUUUAACCGGACUAACCAUGGUUUAGGACUAACUGUAGUUUAAACCAGAUGGAUUAUGGUUUUAACCAGACUUACUAUGACAAACUAUUGUUUAAACCAAACUAACUGUAAUUUUAACCAGACUAUAUGUGGUAUUAACCAGACUAGCCAUGGUUUAAGUCUAACUGUGUGUUUAAACCAGAUAGCAAUGUUUUAACCAGAAUUGAACUAGAGUAGGUUUUGUUAUAACCAUAGUUAUCUGACUAACUAUUGUUCAAAUCAAACUUACUAUGGUAAAGACUAACUACAGUUUAACCUAGACUGUGUUUUAAACCUGACCAACUAUGGUUGAAGCCAGGCUUUCUAAAGUUUAAACCAGGCUUACACCAUUAAAACAGUUGAACUUCAUUCAAAGUCACUCUAGCUUAAACUAAAUAACUUCAGACUAUCUCUGUCGGCUCUGUAAAAAUGUAGAUUUUACAGUUGUCUAGGUGUGUUAUCAAAUGAAAGAUAAAGCUCUUUCUCCUCAGUUCCUGUUGCUAAAAACAUUUCUUUAUGAAGCACAGGAUGUAUAAAUUAUUUGUUUUGGUUUUUAAGGUUUGUCUUUUUGUGAUCAAAUUUGGGUUAGGGCAGAUCCAGGAAACAACAAACAAAGGUCAGAUUAAUGUUGAGAUUGAUCCUGUUUCAAUCAAACCUGGUUUAUCAAAGUAAGCCUGGCUUAACUAAGUCUUUGUGAUGACACUGGUCUGGGGUUCGUUCAGCGAGUGAAAGAGCAUCACUAAUGUUGUCUUACGUUUGAUCUCCUCUAUCAAACCUUUGUUAAACUGUUUGACCCUGAUUUUAAAUCUUUAUUGUAUUUUGUAUCAUUAAAGAGUCAUCUCUUCUUUUUAUCGUCAGUUCAAAAAACAGAGGGAGACGUUCAGUCGGCUCAUCAUGGUGUCACCUGAGGUCAGCUGAAGGGAUGACUUCAUGUGAAUUGUUGUGAUGUAUCUGUGUUAUGACAGCUUCAAGCAUCUUCUUGUGUUUAAACGUGUGUGCGUGUGUGUGUGUGCGUGUGUGUGCGUGUGCGCGUGCGUGUGUGUGUGUGUGUUGGGGGGCAGGGGGGGGUCACCUUUUAAAAUGACACUGAUGCUGUCCAAACAUGAGAAGAUUAUUUAAUGUGACAUUUAGUGUUUGCCACCUUCAGUGUAAGAAACAAAGUGACACCUUUAAACAGAGAUCAGUGUGAGCACUGUGUGUCGUCUGCACUCCAAUAAAGACCAACUGUGAAACCUGA